UGAAGAGGUGUGGUGAGGUGGUGCUAGCUUUGAUACCUCCUCUUCACAUUCACACACCUCCUCUCUCUUUCUCUCUCUUUUAUCUUCUUCUUCCUCUCCUUCUCUUCUCACAAAUUCCUUAUUCUUUCCCACUCCGAGAUGUUCCUCAUGAAUCUAUAACCUGUUUUUGAACCACCCACAAGUCCAAGACUAGAUCUUGGUUUCUCUUCGCCUGAGAUAUCCAGAUCUGUUGGUUCAGAUCAUGAGGAAAGGCAGAGCAGCUGCGCAGGUGAAGACGGCGACUGAGGCGGCGGCGGCGGUUGGGGUGGACGGAUCCGGAUCGAGGACUGUUUUAAAAGAGCCGAGGUACCGGGGCGUGAGGAAGAGGCCGUGGGGUAGAUUUGCGGCGGAGAUCAGAGACCCUGUUAAGAAAGCUCGUGUGUGGCUCGGCGCCUUCGAUUCGGCCGAAGAAGCCGCUCGAGCUUACGACGCCGCCGCUCUCAGCCUGCGUGGACCUAAGGCUAAGACCAACUUUCCGAUCAACUCUUCUUCUCUCUCACGCUUCUGUUACCACCAUAACAAUAACAACCCCGCCGAUCCGUUUUUAGAUCACAGGUUGUAUGCUUCUAAUGACUUCCAGGAGCACCAGAUCAAUCCUCAGAGACCUACUUCCAGCGGCAUGAGCAGCACCGUCGAGUCCUUCAGCGGCCCUCGCCCUCGCUCAGCGGCGCCGCCGUUGAUCAAAACCACCGCCCCCCGGAGAUACCCUCGGACGCCGCCCGUCGUGCCAGAGGAUUGCCACAGCGACUGCGAUUCAUCGUCGUCUGUGGUUGACAACGACGGCGAUGAUAUCGCGUCGUCCUCUUUCCGGCGGCCUUUCCCCUUCGAUCUUAACUUCCCACCGGUCGAUGAAGAUCUUCACUGCACCGAUCUGCGCCUCUGAUGCUGAACCAGGAGAGAGAAAAAAGUGUCUUUGAAUUUUUUAUUGGAAUUUUUGUUCUUUCUCUUAUCUAAUAUGCGGAGCAAAAUGAAAAAAAAAAUUGAGGAUGGUGAUAUGAUCUUGAAUCUGAGAGAUAGUGAUGAUGGGUAUUGCUCUUCCUUCUUCCUCUUAAGCUUUGUGAGAGGAAGAAGAAGAAAGAGAGUAAUAUUAUAUGAUCUGUUUGUUGAACAAGAUUUGAUGGCAGAUCCUUUCUUGUUCUGCUUGUCUGUAAUGUACAAUACUAGUUAAGAAAAAUUCAGUAUCGCUCUAACAAAAAGUUAGAUCUCUGGCUGCUA